AUCCCAUCUUUAGUUGUAAUUUAAUAUUUAGUCUAUAGUUUCAAUCUCUACAUAUAUAUAUAGGGCUUGUAGGGAAGCAUUCUUUCAUGUUCAACCUCAUUUUUUCACUCUCUUAAUGGCACUUGCCAAGGACCCUAUCUGCUCACUUCAAUCCUCUGAGCCUUACAAAUUUGAUGACAGAGUUGACUUGGAAAAGCCUGGUGUGAUUGUCAAGAACUUUCCGAUGACUAGUUCUUCGUCGUUUUCGUCUCCGGGCAGUGGCGAUUCCGACGGUUUCAUGUUCCAGCCUCCCGAAGAAGUUCAUUCUUUGAUAAACUUCAAAGGUUCAGUGUAUGAUGGAUACGUUCAUGGGACUACUUAUGGAUCUCUGCUUAGCUUUGAGCAAAAUGAGAAGGCUCUGCAAAGUACUUACUUGAACGCCAAUGGUCAUAAAGAAGAUUACUCCAUGAGGGAAGGCAGUUUGAAUCAGAAUUACGAAUGGAAUCCGAUGAAUACAAAGAGCGGUGUCGACCCUCGCUCGGUGGGAGAUUUCAGCUGCUUUGAAACUGCUAGCAAUUUUAGUUCCAUAACAAAAGAAAACAAUGGAGAUUGGUUGUACUCUGAGGUAGCAGUGGUUGCUGAUAGCAUCACCGAAUUACGAUCACCCGACUCAGCUGGCGUCAAGCGUCCGAAUACGGGAGACGGUAAUCAAGCUUUGAAGAAACAAUGCAGCAAAGAAGCUAAGAAGGCGAAAACCAAGUCCGGUCCAUCAAAGGACCCCCAGAGUAUUGCAGCCAAGAAUCGACGUGAGAGGAUCAGUGAGCGGUUGAAGAUACUACAAGAACUGGUACCUAAUGGCUCCAAGGUUGAUCUGGUUACCAUGCUGGAGAAAGCAAUUAGCUAUGUGAAAUUUCUUCAGUUGCAAGUGAAGGUGUUGGCAACAGAUGAAUUUUGGCCAGUUGAAGGGGGGAAAGCUCCUGAUAUUUCUCAAGUUAGGGAAGCCAUUGAUGCUAUACUCUCAUCUCAGAAAGACAGGAAUUCAUGCUCUAAGUAAUGGGUUGAACGUUGAAGACACUUAAAUUUUAGAAAAAUGUUAGUAUAAUUCAAGAACAACACCCAAGCGUUGAAAAGCCUGUUUGGAUGUUGAUGGUGAUUUAAUCAUAAAAAAGUA